ACGAGUUUCUGCAGUCAACUCACACGUGAUGGCUUCAUCAUCCUCGUAACGUGCAUUCUACCCACCGUGAGGACGAUCGCGCCCGGUUCUGAAAAGUUUGUCAUCACCACAAUGUCGUACGAAGAAUAUGAUGCGAUUGUUGUUGGUGCAGGGUUCGCCGGUAUUUAUCAAUUGUAUCGUCUUCGCGAGCAGAACCUCUCGGUGAUUCUCAUCGAAGCCGGCGAAGACGUGGGAGGCACAUGGCACUGGAAUCGGUAUCCAGGCGCUUCCUCCGAUGUACAUUCGUUCACUUACCGAUACUCCUGGGAUAAGGAACUUUUGCAGACAUAUCCUUGGAAGAAUCACUAUCUGACACAACCGGAAGUCCAGGCUUACUUGCGAAAUGUGGUUGACAAGCACGGCCUGAGGAAGUAUAUCCGAUUUAACACGCAUUUUACAGGCGCCAAAUUCGAUGAGCAGAAGGUCGUUUGGGCAGUCGAUACGUCAGACGGGAAAGCGCUCACGACGCAUUACCUGUUCACUGCACUUGGGGCGUUAUCGGACAUGAACUAUCCGGACAUCAAGAACUUGAACUCCUUUGAGGGUGAAGUAUACCAUACUGCGGCCUGGCCAUCUUCCUACGACUUUCACAACAAACGCAUUGGCAUCGUCGGCAAUGGAUCGACCGGCAGUCAACUGCUCGUUGCGCUAGCCAAGGAAGCGAAACAUGUAACCAGCUUCCAGCGAAACGCGCAAUGGAAUGUGCCUAACGGAAAUCGGCCCGUCCCCGACGAAGAGCGCGCAGAGAUCAAUGCGAACUACAACGAGAUUUGGGAUGCUGUACACAACUCCGCAGUCGCCUUUGGAUUUCCUGAAAGUACGAUCCCGACAUUUAGUGUCGAUGAUGAGGAGCGAAGGCGCCGAUUUCAGGAGGCGUGGGACAAGGGCAACGGCUUCCGCUUCAUGUUUGGCGUUUUCUCUGAUACGACUACAAACAGAAGUGCAAAUGAUGCUGCUUGCGCCUUCAUCCAAUCCAAAAUUGAGGAAAUCGUCAAAGAUCCAGUGACGAGGCAGAGAUUGAUUCCCACCGAACCAUAUGCUAGACGCCCAAUCUGCAAUAACGGUUACUACGAGACCUUCAAUCAGGAAAAUGUGUCUCUGGUAUCUUUGAAGGAAACGCCAUUUACAGAGAUAACGACUAGGGGAGUGAAGACAUCCGACGGCGUUGAACAUGAACUCGACGUUUUGAUUUUUGCGACCGGCUUCGAUGCCGUUACGGGGAGUUAUUCGCACCUUGAUAUUCGUGGACGCGACGGUCAAACUCUCAAGGAGCACUGGGCUGCAGCACCGACGUCCUAUCUUGGGUUCUCGGCAUCCUCGUUUCCCAAUCUUUUCCUGAUCAGCGGCCCUCACCACCCAUUUACCAAUGCACCGCCACAGAUCGAGGCACAGGUCAACUUCAUCUCUGACCUAGUCGCGCACGUCGGAACAUUGGGUACAGUUGAAGCAACUGCCGAAGCGGAGCAGGAGUUUUCGGAUCUGAGCAAUGAAAUUGUAAAAGGGACCAUUUUCCACGAGCCUAAGGGAUGGGUGUUCGGUGAUAAUGUGAAAGGGAAAAAACACAGUACGCUGUUCUGGUUCGGUGGUUUGAAAGCGUACAGGGAGUAUCUGAGGGAUGUGGAGGAAAAGGAAUAUAAAGGAUACAGGAUUACGCGCGAAAAUGCGUUAUAGAAGAGCAGUGAUGAGGUUUCUGCUGUCCUGUGGCUUCAAAUCUC